AAACGGUUUUUUACCUUAAAACCAUCUCUGCAAAUUAUUUUUUUCAUCUUUAUUUUGCAAAAAAUAUUUUCACUAGUUACGUAAUGGUUAAAAACCUAUAGCAAAUGUUUUAUUAUUUAUUACACCUCGAUGGCUUCUAUCAAUGAUGUCAGAAAUUUCGACUUACUACUUAUCAUUCAAAUACUACUGCGUUUAUACGGUCGGUAACCAAAAACGGAAAUACUUUACAGCGCUAGUUAAAGAGUUCUGAUUUUCUCUAAAUGCGAUAUUGAUGAGAGUGUCCAUUAGAUGGUUUUUAGCUAUAACGUAGGAGUUUUGAAGCAUCAGAUGGAAAUUUCAAUCGAGGAUCUGGGUUGUUUAUCUACAGAUCUACAGUUAUGGUAACGCGAUGACAUCCUGUCAAUGCAUCCGAUAAGUUACACACUGCAAAUAAAAGUUAUCUAAAGGAUAAAUCUAGCUCAUUUAUACUCGAAUUUUUGAUGUGUGAAACAAACUAGAGUAAGUGUGUCAUCGGUACAAAUUUACAGAUGGCUGCAAAUAAUAGUUUGAUGAUGCACGGGAUAGCGUUAGUCAGACAAGCCGAUGGACAUUUCCUGAUAAGCUCAGAAAACGAAAUGACUAGGAUGGAAAUAUAGAUAGAAUUACGUACUAUUGAAUAAAAAAUGCCAUAUUCUUCAAAAUGUUGCAUUUCUAUUUCUGUCGAUCAUUAAACGAUGAACUCUAAUUACAUUAAAAGCACAGCUAUUUAGAUGUAAAAGUGAAUUUUCUUUAAUUAAUCAGCAACAGAAGGGUAGUUUUUAGUUAUAGACAGUAAUUUUGUAAAGAGUAAUAAUCAAAGACUGAAGUUUUUCUAUUAAACUUUUAGGUAAAGCGAGUUUUGCACAAGAGAGAAUUUGGUUAGAUGAACAAAUACGAUUUAAUCAACAACAAGAACAAAAACAUUCUUGUGCAAUUUAUAACAUUCCAUUAGUAGUAAAAGUAAUAAAUGGUACAAUAUUUAUAAAUAGAUUACGUCAAGCACUUCAUGCAAUAAUCAAAAAAAAUUUGAUAUUCAGAACUUAUUAUAAUUUGGAUGGAGAAUGUUUAAAACAGUUUAUAAAACCAAUAUCGGAUGAUGAACAGCAGUAUUAUUCAUUUGAUAUAAGUACCAUUUCAACCAAACAAGAAUUACAGACAAUAUUAUUUGAAGAAGAAACAAAUCGACAAUAUUUUUGUUUACAUAAGGGCAUCGUACUAGAAAAAUUACGGUUUUCCACUUUUCCACUAUCGCCCUCACAUUCUGAGAUAGACGAAAAACUGUUACCAUAUGAAAUUCACUGUGUUCUUAAAAACAUCUAUCCAAGUAAAGCGUGCACUUCAGCAUUUAAUGUUCGAAUCGCUGAGUUGGUAGAUAAUCGUAGUUGUAUUCCGGAAAAGUACGAUUCCGAAUGGAGACCGUGCACCGGUCUACCAUUACUGGCUUCGUGCUGUUUGAUCCUCGUCGGUUUGAUAUGUGCAGGAGUAAUUGUGAUCGCCCUUGUUCCUGUGUAUUUACAAAGACGUGAUAUCGAUAGCCGUCAACGCUCAUUAAAUUUGAAAAAUCGUGUUGUAAUGGCAUCAUUAACACGUGAUCGUAAUAUUGUUCCUGCACAAUUACAAGUUGAGUAUUAUUCACAACGUGCGGGUGCUGGUUUAAUUCUCACAGAAGGUACAUUAGUCAACGCACAAGGCACAGAAUGGAGUAAUGCACCAGGUCUCUACAACGACGAACAAGCGAAAGGUUGGAAAUCCGUUGUCGAUUCAGUACAUGCUCAUAAUGGUCUGAUCUUCCUCCAAUUGUGGCAUGUUGGACGUGUAGCUCAUCCUCUCCUUCAACAUGGUGAACCUAAUGUUGGCCCAUCACCAGUUGCAGCUCAAGGUGGUAAAUUUCGUCAAUUGGAAGGACGUCCCGGUUAUGUACAACCAAAAGAAAUUGAUGAUCCCGAGUAUUAUAUUGAUUUGUUUCGACGUGCAGCUGAACGAGCAAAACAAUGUGGUUUUGAUGGUGUCGAAGUACAUAGCGCGAACGGUUAUUUACCUCAUCAAUUUUUAGAUAAUACAUCAAAUCAUCGUAAAGACAAUUGGGGCGAUUCAGUGGAAAAUCGUUGUCGAUUUACACUUCGUAUUAUAGAUGAAUGCAUUAAAGUAUAUGGAAAUGAUCGUGUUGGUAUUAAAUUGAGCCCUGGUGGUGGCUAUAAUGAUAUGGGCAUGUCAGAAGAAGAUACUAUUGAAACCUAUUCAUAUUUGGUAAAAGAAUUAAAUAAACGAAAAAUUGCCUAUAUACAAAUAACACGGUAUUGGGAGGAUUUUGAUUUGGCUCAUCGUGGCUUAAACGUUGAUAUUUUCCAAUUCAAAAAAUUUAUUAAUUCGGAGCAUACAAAAUUUUUAGUUAAUACAAAUUAUAAUGAUGAAGAAGGUGCAAAAGUUUUGCAAGAUGGUCAGGCAGAUGCAAUUGUUUUCGGUCGAUUAUAUAUUGGUAAUCCAGAUUUAGCACAACGAUUAAUUAACAAUAAUUGUAUUAAUACAAAUUUAGAUGUAACAAAGUUUUAUGGUGGAAGUAAAGAAGGUUAUACAGAUUAUCCAACAUAUGAAGAACAUUUGAAAUUGAAACAACAAUUUGGCGUUUGCCCCAUUCGUACAUGA